UCAUUUGUUCUAUUUAAGAAGUUUUUGAACACUCUUGUUUAUAUGCAUUAGUUUACCAACUUUCUAAUGGCAUAGGAAAACAGAGCAAAAAAAAUAAAAAUAUUUUGAUCUUUGUCCUCUUCUUUUCACCAAAGUCAUUCCCUCUGUUUUUCUAUUCUCCUGAGUUCAGUUGUUUAAAUUUGAUCCACUAAUUAACAACCAAGUGUAGCUUCUGCAAGUCUACUCUGUUCUUCUACCACUUCAGCUUUUAUUCCUUCCUAGUACUGUCAGAGAAAAGUUUCCACUUUCUUUCUCUCUUCGUCCACUCUAGUAUUCAACAUCUCCCAAUUGCUUGCUCCCAAAAUCUUGAACUGGCACUUGACUCAGUUUCUUGUGUUUUAAGGAUCCUAAUCCAUAUUACACAGCGAAGGAAGUACCCAGGAUGAAGCUCGUUGCAGUCUGGUGAUGAGCCACAAAUAGUUGUCCCACCGGAGCCGAUGGAGGGGCUGCACGACAUAGGGCCACCGCCAUUCCUGACUAAGAUUUUUGAGAUGGUGGAUAACCCAAUUACCAAUCACGUAAUCUCUUGGAGUGCAGGAGGUACUAGUUUUGUUGUGUGGGAUCCUCAUUCUUUCUCCACAGACCUCCUGCCCAGAUACUUCAAGCACAAUAACUUCUCCAGCUUUGUCAGGCAACUUAACACUUAUGGAUUUAAAAAGAUAGAUCCUGACAGAUGGGAGUUUGCCAAUGAAGGAUUUCUAAGGGGCCACAAGCAUCUCCUGAGAAACAUCAAGAGAAGAAAGGCACCACCUUCUCAGCCUUUGCCUCAACAGCAAGCUUUGGGUUCUUGUGUUGAAGUUGGCAGGUUUGGGUUGGAUAGAGAAAUUGAACGAUUGAAGCGCGAAAAGCAGAUUCUAAUUAUGGAAUUAAUGAAGCUCAAGCAUCAACAACAGAACACUAACGCCUAUAUUCAGGCUAUGGAACAAAGGAUUCAAAGUACACAAAUAAAACAGCAGCAAACCAUGCAAUUCUUGGCCAGAGCAGUGCAGAAUCCAGCCUUUUUGCAGCAACUAGCCCAGCUAAAGGAUCAGAGAGAAGAACUUGAAGAAGCAAUGACCAAAAAAAGAAGGCCUAUUGAUCAAGGAGGCAGUAGUACUGCUGAAUCAAGCUGUGGGGAUGGAGGUAGAAAUCCCAUUAAAGCUGAACCUCUAGAGCUUGGAGAUUACGUGUUUAAAGUAUCAGAGCUGGAGACACUUGCACUUGAAAUGCAAGGAAAUGGCGCAGCUAGGAAGCGACAAGAAGAAGAAGAAGGAGGUUCCCCAGAAAUUGAAGAUAGAGAACUGGAUGAGGAAUUUUGGGAUGAAUUAUUAAGUGGGAAUAAUGGAGGAGGUGAAGACAUUAAUGUAUCGGCUGAGAGAUUGGGUUAUUUAGGUUAUAGUCCUGAGUGAAGAAAUUGAACUCUUCUGUACAUGGCUGUUCAUUCUGGAUCAAUAAUUUCGUCAAUGAUCAUUUGUUUUUCUAUGUAGCAGGCUUUCUAUUCA